UGGCGCGUGAAAUCUUCAACCAGAAGUGUGAGAUCACGUUCGUGAGCAGCAGCCGUGACCAGGUGGACCAGGGCAGGGACCAGGAGCACGUGAUCUUCCGCGUGACAGUGGCAAGGGCUCUGGACAAAAGUUUGUCGCUGGAGAGUCAUCAGUCAGAUGACGCCACGAGUCAGCACAACCACGACGACCCCAUGAUACCAGCCGUGACCUUGAACAAGGACCAGUUCGCCACAGCCUUCCCCUACCACCUGAUCUUUGACCAGACUCUCCGGCUCCGGCAGUACGGCCGGAGCGUGGCCCGGCUCUCCCCCGUCCAGCUCAGGGAGGGCAUCCUGGUGACGUCAGCAUUCCGCAUCCUCUACCCCCGGGUCAGCUUCACUGUCGACCACAUCCGGCGCUUCAUCAACGCCAUCUUCAUCCUCUCUGUGGGCCCAGGGGAGACGGGCGAUGGGGACAACGCCUUCAGCAUGAAAGGUCAGAUGAUCUGGAUGGCCGACACGCAACUGAUGAUUUUCAUUGGCUCGCCGCGUCUGACGUCACUGAAGGAGAUGAAACGGAUGAACGUGUACAUGGCCGACAUCCCGCUCUAUGACGUCACCAGGGAGAUGGUCCUGCUCUACCAGCAGAGGAGCGCCGAGAUCGACAUCACGAAAGAGCUGGACGAGACGACGGCUGAGUUGAAGAGAAUGUCACGUGACCUUGAGCUGGAGAAACAGAAGACAGAGAAGCUGCUGUACCAGAUGUUGCCGGAGAAGGUGGCCAACCAGCUCAAGAAUGGCCAGGAAGUUGAGGCAGAGAAGUUCGACCAAGUGACCGUCCUCUUCAGCGACAUCGUCAACUUCACGACCAUCGCUGCAGCCAGCUCGCCACUGGACGUGGUCAACAUGCUCAACGACCUCUACCACAGGUUCGACCUUCAGACCAACGAGUACAGCGUCUAUAAGGUGGAGACUAUCGGCGACGCCUACAUGGUGGUGAGCGGUGUGCCAGACAUCACAGAAAAACAUUCCCAGAGGGUGGCCAACUUCGCACUGGACAUGGUCAGUCAAGCGUGCAACGUGCUGUGUCCACACACGGGGGAACCUCUACAGAUCCGCGUGGGCCUGCACACAGGGCCUGUGGUGGCAGGUGUGGUGGGGGUCAAGAUGCCCCGCUACUGCCUGUUUGGGGACACGGUCAACACGGCCUCCAGGAUGGAGAGCAACUCGGUGCCAGGUCGCAUCCACGUCAGCCAGACGACAUUUGAGGCCCUGAGAGACCACGGCUUCCUGUUCCGGUCUCGCGGUGACGUCAACAUCAAGGGCAAGGGCGUGAUGACAACGUACUUCCUGGUGGGGAGGCGGGGCCACGCCUUGUCGGAACCUGACGACCAGCACGCGCGCCUGCCGCUCCUGAUGGCCGACAGUGACGUGGACACGGGUCUCCAUGACCUCUCCGUCAACGGUCACCGGGUGAACGGCUACAUCCACGACCUGGCAGGGAUCGAGCGCCUACAGAUCAACAACAACAGCAUCGAUACCCAGCACAAACUCCACAACAGCAUCGAUACCCAGCACAAACUUCACGUCUCGCAAAGUAAUCGAUCUCUUAAAGACAGUAAUCGAGUACAUGAAGAAGAGUCGAUCUUCGCCAGCAGGAAAUCGUUCAAUGACGUCAGCACGGAUCUGACACGCCCACAUUCUACUUCCGGCAGCAGAGACGCCCUUCAAGCAAAGUCGGUGCCCGCACAGCUGACGUCAUCAAGCCCCUCCGGCCACAACAAUAUUUUUUCUAACACACUGUCCUCGGGUGUUGAGGCCAAAUCUCGUGGCAACAACGAGACUUCGAGAUUUGACGCCUCCAUCAAAAACCGGCGGGUCAAGGACGAUGACGUAGGACGGUUUCCCAUGUACAGUAAAACGUGUCGUAUUUUGUGAUGACGUCAUCGACGCUGGUGCCACGUGAUGGCGCCUUAGAAAAUGAAUUCUAAAAUUAGAUUAGCCUGCGAUGUACAGUCCACUGAAGACACAGCGAGAUUUGAACCACGGACCAACUGGGGCGUCACGAGCCAGAAAACAGACUUUUUUUUCUGUCGACGUCAUGUUCACCAGAACACAAGGCCGUGUGACGUCAUGCUCACGUGCAACUGACGGUUGACAAAAGGCCUAAAAAUGGUGCCCACAAUACAGUUUUAAGUUCAUUCGGUUAACUUCAAAAGAUGAAUUUAACAACGAAAAGAAAGUUGAAUGUCUGUAACGUAGUC